AGGUGCGUCCAGUCCGCCGGCUGCUUCAUCUGUGGACAUCCAGACAUCCAGUGAUUCAGUGCGUAAAGCCAAAAACAGGCUGCGAGGUGCAGAGAGUUCAACCAGGUUGCACAAGAAGCUCGGAGGCGUGUUUUUUUGUUGCUGAAAUCAAAGUUUUGGAUUAUUAUCUGCCCUUUUUUUCAGAAAGUAAGCGCGCUUUUCUUUUUCUGCUGACUGUAUGAAAUAAGCUUUGUGGACACUCGCAGAGAAAAUGACCGCCGAGGCGCACUCACAUCUGCAGAAGAACAACAUGGAUUUCGUCAGCGACUUCGACUUAAUGAAGUUCGGCGUGAAGAAGGAGGCUCUGCAGGGUCUGGACCGCUCCUCCUUCAUAGGGGGGCCGUGCAGCCAGCAGCAGCUCCAGAGACCGGUACCGGACCACCAGAGACCGGACUCCGUCUCCUCCACCACUCCUGGCAGCACACCUUGCAACUCGGUACCGGCCUCUCCGAACCUGAACCCGAGCGAUCAGAGAAACAACCCGAGCGACGGGUUCUGGAUACCCAACACCGGGAACGGGGGUUACCCGCAGCAGAUGUACCCGCAGGCUUUUGGGCUGACACCGGAGGACGCGAUGGAGGCCCUGAUCGGAGCCACGGCGCAGCAGGGACUCCCAUCUGGUCCGCACGGACACCAUCCUGCACCGCCACCUUUCCAAGCUGAGUAUGAAGCUUAUGGCCACCUCGCAGAGCCGGUGCAGCACUAUCCAGGGCUGCCGGGGCUCCCAGGGCACCCGGGUCACCCCGACAUGCACGGCCUCUGUCAAGACCCCUAUAUCAAAGACGACAUCGGGUGCGAGUCUCCUCUGUCUCCGGACGAAGACGACCAGAUCCUGCACAGCCGCCACCAUGACAGGCGCUCCAACUCCGACGAGCACUUCUCGGACGACCAGCUGGUGUCCAUGUCCGUCAGGGAGCUCAACCGGCUCCUCCGAGGCCUCGGCAAGGACGAGGUGAUGCGUCUGAAGCAGAAGCGCCGGACCCUGAAAAACCGCGGUUACGCACAGUCCUGCCGCUACAAGCGCGUCCAGCAGAAGCACGUUUUGGAGCACGAAAAGACCAGCCUGGUGUCACAGGUCGAGACGCUGAAACAUGAACUGAACAGGCUGAUGCGAGAGAGGGAUGCAUACAAACAGAAAUGCGAGAAGCUGUCCGGUGCGAACUGUUACCACGAAACCGGGUCUACCAGUGACAACCCUUCCUCACCCGAGUAUUUAAUGUGACUUUGUUCCUGCAGAACUGAUUCUUCUUUUUCCAUGGGGAGGCAUUAUGUUGACAACUUGCAUUGCAUCUUUAAACAAAAACAGCCCCAUGGAUCCAUCAAGUUGUAAUUAAUAAUGGACUUAAGGAUAUCACUCAAAUAAUUGUAAUAGAUAACAAUUAGGCAACAAGUUAUUAAUGGAAAAAUUACAAUGAAGCAUGCAUGCAGGACAUGUAUGAGAUGUUUUUAUUUUAUACAGGCGUAUCUGUAUUUUGUCUGAAAGGAGAUACUUGAAAUCAGAGAAUAUUCCCUUUUUAUUAAUACACAACUUUAAUGCUUUCUGCUUCAGUUACUCCUCAAUCUUGGUGAUUUUUUUUUUGCUUUGCUUAGUUUUUUGUAGCUCAAAUUAUAUUUUGUGUUUCCUUUUUAAAAUUAGAAAAAACAAUACCGAGAAGAAGAAUUAUGCUAGAUACGACAUUUCUUAUUUUUUUUAUGAAGCUGAUUCUGCUGGACAGAUGUGUUCCGUAUUUGCUUUUCUUUUUAAGAUAAUAUAUGAUUUAUGCAAAUUGUUAUUCAUCCACUAUUGUUUUUAAUUUGCUAUCGAUCAAUAAACCUAUUGUGACUUUUUAAAAA